AGGCCACACUGUGUACCAUGGGUUCCUCUCGGGCACCCGGGUUGGGGCGUGUGGGAGGGCACGGGCUGAUGGCAUUGCUGCUGGCCGGUUUCAUUCUGCCAGGAACAUUGGCUAAGAGCAUUGGUACCCUCUUGGACCCCUGUAAGGACCCCACAAGGAUCACCUCCCCCAACGACCCCUGUGUCAUUGGAAAGACUGGCUCCAGCAGCUUCGGCAGCCAAGGCGGAUCCAGCAGCUUCAGCAGCCAUGGCGGAUCCAGCAGCUUCAGCAGCUCCCAGGGAGGCUCUUCAGGAUCUUUGAUAUAUAAACCAGGAACAGGAUAUUCCCAGAGUAGCUAUUCUUCUGGCUCUGGCUCCUCCCAGUCAGGAAACAGCGGCUCUCAGUCAGGAAGCAGUGGCUCUCAGACAGGAAACAGCGGCUCCCAGUCAGGAAACAGCGGCUCUCAGACAGGAAGCAGUGGCUCUCAGUCAGGAAGCAGUGGCUCUCAGACAGGAAGCAGUGGCUCUCAGACAGGAAGCAGCAGCUCUCGAUGGGUAAGCAGCAGCUUUCAGUACGGAAGCUCAAGCUCAGGGAGCAUCCGGGAGGGCCCAGGAAGUGGCUCCGCUCUGCCAACCGAUGACAGGGCUUCAGGCACCUCCCAGUCUGGAGGUUCCCACGCUUCCCAGAGCAGCAGCUCCAACCUGCGGCCCUGUAGCUCCAACGUGCCCGACUCUCCCUGCAGUGGGGGCCCUGUCAUCACACACUCGGGGCCCUAUAUCUCCAGCUCGCACUCCGUAUCAGGCGGGCAGAGGCCUGUAGUGGUGGUGGUGGAGCAGCACGGCUCUGGGGGCCCUGGAGGGUUUCAAGGCGUGCCCUGCGCCAACGGCGGCCCCUCGGGCAAGCCCUGCCCCCCCAUCACCUCUGUCCAGAAACCGUACGGUGGCUACGAGGUGGUGGGUGGCUCAGCCAACAGUUAUCUGGUCCCAGGCAUGACCUACAGCGGGGGUAAGAUCUACCCGGUGGGCUACUUCACCAAGGACAGCCCCGUCAGGGGCUCGCCAGGGGCCCCCUCCUUUGCGGCUGGGCCCCCAGUCUCCGAGGGCAAGUACUUCUCCAGCAAUCCCAUCAUCCCCAGCCACAGCUCCUCCGUCUCCAACGCCUACCCCUCGGGCCUGGUGUUCCAGCCCGUGGGCACUGGCGGGGUCCAGCCCUGCGGCGCCGGCUCUGCCAGCUCUAAGGGGCCUUGCUCUGGUUCCAGAGUUCAGAUCGUCUCCAGCAGCUCCAGUACCUCCUACCACCCCUGCGGCGGGGCUUCCCAGGGGCCCUGCUCACCUCCAGGCCCCGGCUCCAUCGGAGGGGGAGGCUCCUCCGUCUCCACCGGCAAAAUCGUGCUUCAGCCCUGCGGCGGUCGGCCCAGCUCCUCCGCCUACCCCUGCCUUUCCGUUUCCACCUCCACCCUGAACGGGGCUCUGAACGGCUCCCCUCAGCCUAUCCCCUCGGCCGGUGCCAAGCCCUGUGGCCUCAGCAGCCCCGGAAAGGUGCCCUGCCGUUCCAUCCGGGACAUUCUGGCCCAGGUGAAGCCUCUGGGGCCCCAGCUAGCGGACCCUGAGGUCUUUCUGCCCCAGGGAGAGCCGCUUGACAAGCCGUAAGUCAGCCGCAGCCGUCUCCCGGCUGGAAGACGUCAGGGGCCCGGUUGCCUGCCCUUCCCGGAGAGGAGCCUCCGGCUCCAGCUAGCCCGGGGACGCAGGCUCCGGUCGGCAGCCCCAGCGGUGGGCUCGUCCCUUCCCCCGCCCUCUCCUGGUGCUCCCGCCCCCUCCGCUGCGGUGCCCUCUCGCCUGAUCGCCCGCUCUUGACCUCAACCCGAUGCCCCACAAGUCAACCGCGCCUCUGCCGGGUCGCCAAAUAAGGCCAAGCCCGAUCCAUCCCCGAGAACAAGCCGCACCCUCGCCGACCCUCCACCAUCUGCUCCCACAGCCCGCUCAAUUGUUGGGUUCCCGCCGCCCGUCACGGCAGGCCCUACCGGGCCCAUUUCCCACCCACGCGUGCCUCCCGGCUCUCCAUGUCAGUCCCUGCCUGCUUGCCACGUCACCCAAAGCACAGGUGUUGCCCUGUGCGCGUGUGGAGCAGGGCACCCGCGGAGCCUGGCCCGGCCCUGGCUCUCCGGACCCUGACAGGGCUCAAUAAACUUCGUGAACUUUGUGCA